UUUAAAAGCAUGACAACAGCCAGUUGCGCGUGAUGCUGUACAGCAAAAGCGCCGUGACGGCACUGAGGAGGAUUCACUCGCUGUUUCCGGUCCUGCAGCACCGCCGCGCGCACACCUUUCUGACGUCAUCAGCCACCUGCAGACUCCUCCGCCGACCUCCGCGUGCGGUCGGUGCUACGUGGCCCCUUCGGUCCGGGGCGUUCUCACACUCCGCGUGCAGGUGGAAGAACGCGGGUGAUGGGAAGGAGGAUGAGGAUGAGGAUGACGUCAUCGAUGACGGCGAGGUGGAGGAGCUGUUUCAGGAGCGCGCUCCCGCCGGCGCCCUCGGGGCCGCGCACAGAGUGUUCGUGGUUCACCCCGACGUGAAGUGGGGGAGCCGGAAGCAGCAUCUGACCACAGCUGAGCUGAUGAUGGCCGAGGCCGUGGGGCUCGUGAACACUUUGGACAGCUGGAGUGUGGUGGACAGGGUCAUCAUGUCCACCAAGACACCAGAGAAAAAGAAGAUCUUCGGCAAAGGGAACUUCCAGACUCUGACAGGUUUGGAUCCGCUGGCGUGCGUCUCAGCGGGCCGAUGGUUCUAUUGUUCACCUCCUGUUUCCCCCGCAGACCGAAUCCGACAGACCGCAGGAAUCACCGCAGUGUUUGUGAAUGUGGAGCGUCUGUCUGCCUUGUCUGAGAGGGAGUUUGAGGAGGCCUGGGGGGUAAAAGUCUUUGACAGGUACUCCGUGGUCCUCCACAUCUUCCGCCGCAACGCCAGGACCAAAGAGGCCAAGUUGCAGAUCUCUCUGGCGGAGAUCCCUCUUUUAAGAUCCCGUCUGAAAAACGAAAUGGCAAACUUGGAUCAGCAGGGCGGAGGCUCGAGAUACAUCGGCGGCUCCGGGGAGACGCUGAUGGAGGUGCAGCAGAGGCUGCUGAGGGAGCGCGAGCUGAAGAUCCGCUCGGCGCUGGAGACGCUGCGCAGGAAGAGGCGCCUGCUGCGAUCUCAGCGGCGAGACAAGGAGCUGCCCAGCGUCUCCGUGCUGGGAUACACCAACUGUGGAAAGACGACGCUGAUCAAAGCGCUGACGGGCGACGCCGGCCUUCAGCCCAGGAACCAGCUGUUCGCCACGCUGGACGUCACCGUGCACGCCGGCCAGCUGCCCAGUCACAUGACCGUCCUGUACGUGGACACCAUCGGCUUCCUGUCCCAGCUGCCCCACCAGCUCAUCGACUCCUUCUCCGCCACGCUGGAGGACAUCAAACACUCGGAUCUGCUCGUCCACGUCAGGGACGUCAGUCACCCGGAGACGGCGAACCAGAAGGCCAACGUGCUGAGAGUUCUGGAGAACAUGAGAGUCCCCGACCGGCUGCUGAGCUCCAUGAUCGAAGUCCACAAUAAGACGGACCUCGUGGACAACUAUCGGCUCACGGAGCCCGGCGCUCUGCCCAUCUCGGCCUUGGAGCAGCGUGGCCUUGACGCCCUGAGGGCGGCGGUGGAGGAGGAGCUUGUGGCGUCCACGGGGAAACGCGUGAUGGAUCUCGCCGUCGACCUCGGCUCCCCCCAGUUGAGCUGGCUGUACAAGGAGGCCGCCGUUCAGGACGUGCGGGUGAACGCCGACGAAGGCUCGGCCGUCGUCAAGGUGAUCAUCAGCGCCGCCGCCUACGGCCGCUACCGGAAGCUGUUCGCUGGAAGGUGACGCCAGGAGGAGGGUCCGACACGCGACGGCGGAGACGAGAACGAAGGGCGCUCUUGGCAGACCACACGGGUGAUAGCGGAGAAUGUAGCGUUAGCCACCGCUAGCUAAAUGUUAGCACGUCGAUACGGCUGAUUAGUUGUUUUUUACGGAGGUUUUCUUUGUGCAGAGUAACUUAUUCUUAAAUGUACUGCAUGCAAACUGAACCACAGACAAUCAAACCAGAGACUCUGUACAGAUUGCACAUUAUAUUAAAAUAUUUGCCGAUGUAAUUACAACAACACAAUCAUUCUUUUACAUAAACGUCAGAUCGACAAACUGUUUCCUGGAAUAAAAACAUCUCGUGUAGACGAGCUUAUGAAAGAA